GCCGCCUUUUAUCUUCUCUUUUCUUCUCCUUCUUCUCAAGUCCAACAAGCUUGUUCACUUCAACACAUCCCGCCAGUCCAACCAGUAUCCUAUACCCCUCCCUCUUCUACUCCAAAAACAGUCGCCAUGGCUUCCACCGAGCAGACCUUCAUUGCCAUCAAGCCUGAUGGUGUUCAGCGUGGCCUGAUCGGCCCCAUCAUCAGCCGCUUCGAGAGCCGAGGCUUCAAGCUGGUUGCUAUCAAGCUCACCCAGCCCGGCAAGGAGCACCUCGAGGCUCACUAUGCUGACCUUAAGGGCAAGGGCUUCUUCAACGGCCUCAUUGAGUACAUGAACUCUGGCCCCAUCUGUGCCAUGGUCUGGGAGGGCCGUGAUGCUGUCAAGACCGGCCGCACCAUCCUCGGUGCCACCAACCCUCUUGCCUCUGCCCCUGGCACCAUCCGUGGCGACUACGCCAUCGAUGUCGGCCGCAACGUCUGCCACGGUUCCGACUCCGUCGAGAACGCCCAGAAGGAGAUUGCCCUCUGGUUCAAGGAUGGUGAGGCCGUCUCCUACAAGGCUUCUCAGUUCGACUGGAUCUACGAGAAGGCUUAAGCGGUCUUUGUGGCGAAGCUCUGAAGCAGCUGUAUAGCUCUACAGUCACUGUACCGUUGAAUAUGUUGCAACAGGGUAGAAAAAAAAAAAAGACAUGCUGAAUUUGGUCUCUUCGCG